GUGCUAACCAAGGACUCUGUGACGGUGUCUGUGGACGCUGUAGUCUACUACCGCGUCCACAACGCCACCAUAUCCAUCGCCAACGUGGAGAACGCGCACCAUUCCACCCGCCUCCUGGCCCAGACCACGCUCCGCAAUACCAUGGGAACUCGACCCCUGCAUGAGAUCCUGAGCGAGCGCGAGACCAUCUCAGGAAACAUGCAGCUCUCCCUGGAUGAGGCGACCGAGGCCUGGGGCAUCAAGGUGGAGCGCGUUGAGAUCAAGGACGUCCGUCUCCCGGUGCAACUGCAACGCGCCAUGGCAGCUGAGGCCGAGGCGGCCCGUGAGGCCCGCGCCAAGGUCAUCGCUGCUGAGGGCGAGCAGAAGGCCUCCAGGGCCCUCCGCGAGGCCUCGGAGGUCAUUGGCGACAGCCCGGCAGCUUUGCAACUACGAUACCUGCAGACGCUCAACACCAUCUCGGCUGAAAAGAACUCGACCAUUGUUUUCCCGCUGCCGAUCGACCUCCUGACGUACUUCAUGAAGGCCAAGGAAGAGACCAUGUAAAGCGACCCCUGACGAAACGCAUUAAAACGGACUAAGAUAAAUAUGAUCGGAUGAACACAACCAAACUACUGGGUGAAUAUUUGGAAACAGUCAGUGGGAAAUGCACACCUCGUCGUUUUUUUUAUUAUUUUUAGUUAAUAGGGGGGAUGGGCCUCUUUAGCAUUGGUCUGCAACCUGUCUAGGA